GCGGCGUGUGGCGGGGCGCCAUGGCCGGCGGGGCCAUGGCGGGCAGCAGGGAUUCGCUUCGCGCUCUGCUCCGCGCCGCCAACGCGCUCCUGCAGCAGCGCCGCUACCACGCCGCGCUCGCCGUCAUCAAGGGCUUCCGCAACGGCGCCGUUUAUGGAGCCAAAAUCCGCGCCCCGCACGCCCUGGUGAUGACUUUCCUGUUCAAGAGUGGAAGUUUGAGGGAGAAGCUGAGGUCCAUUGCCCAGGCCACGUACGCUCACUCCCGGAACCUGGCUUACUUUGUCUUCACCUACAAGGGGCUCCUGGCGGCGCAGUCCCGGCUGCAGGGGAAAAAAAUCCCAUUCCAUUCCUUCCUUGCAGCCUGCAUUGGGGGCUGGCUGGUGUUUGGUGACAACAAUCCCAUCAACAGCCAGAUCAUCAUGUACCUGCUGUCCCGGAUCCUGUUCGGAUUGUCCCGGCUGGCUGUGGAAAAGGGCUACAUCCCACAGCCCAGGCAGGAUCCCUUCCCUCUCCUGGCUGCCCUGGUGUGGGGGACAGUCCUGUGGCUCUUUGAAUACCACAGGGACACUCUGCAGCCCUCCCUGCAGUCCUCCAUGACCUACCUGUACGAGGACAGUGAGGUGUGGCACGACGUGUCUGACUUCCUCAUUUACAACAAAAGGACAGACAGCAACAGGAGGUUAUCAGUGUCCUGCAGGCAGGAGAUCCUGGUGCUGGGAGCCGCCUGCCCCGUGUCCCGUGGGUGGACUCUCAUCUCUCUCAGCAUAUGGGGCCACUCCCGGCUCCGUCUGCGUCCCUGUGUCCCUGCCUCUCCCCAGCCACACGGUCCCACGGCCGGAGACAGCGCCUGGCACGGUCAAGUGCAGGUUGUGCUGGCGGCAGAGCUUUUCCUCUGCCCUCUAAGGGGUUAUCAGGCAGUCCUGAAGGAGCUGCCGAGAUCCGCAGCUGUUUGGAAACACAGAAUGCCGUGAAUCAUCGGCCGAACGCAUGGAGCAGAUUGCAGCAUCCCAGUGCGCGCUGGACCCCUGGAGCAGCGAGGCUGAAGCCUCCAGCCUUGCCCAACAGCCUCAUCCAAGGUCUUUUGAACAAGGGAGGUGGGCAACCCUGCACCGAGCCCUUCAUCGCUCCAGCACUUCUAGACUAAAAUCCUGCAGUCGCCUGGCCCGCAGUACAGGAGAGCUCCUGCCCCAGCACGGCUGAGCACCACUGAUGUCCCCAAAGCAAGGCAUUGCUGCGGGGCCGGGCCAGGCUGGCCUGGCUGUCACCCCUGGGCAAGGGGAACACACGGGGGACAGCCUGGGACACCCCGCAGAGCCCAACGCCACCCUCUUCCCCACCAGUGACACCCGUGGGUGGCGGAGUCCGCAGGGCAGGGCAGAGAGCUGGACUUUGCUCGUGGGUGCGUGCCCUGUCCUCCGGGCAGGGGAGCGGGGAGCGGCUGGGAGCCCAUCACCCCGGCGGGGCUGAGCCCGGGCCGGACCGGCUCCGCCUGAGCCUUGAACUCCCCACGGCGGGAAACCGGGAGCCGGGGCCGGGUCGGAGCGAGGAAUCCGCGGCGGCACACAAGAGGGGGACACGGGAGGGGACAGCCCCGGGGGGGAGACGGGGGACACAAACAGGGACUGGGGAGGGGACACCCCUAUGGAGGACACAGAGACACGAGAGAGGACACACCCGGGGGGGACACGGGGAACACAAACAGGGACGCGGGAGGGGACACCCCCGAGGGGGGGACACACGGAGCGCGCCGCACCCACGCGGCGCCCCCUCCGCGUCCCCGAGCCGCGCUCCCAUUGGCCGCCGCCCCGGCACGGCGCCGCUGAUUGGUUGCCUGUCAGCGCGGCCCCCGCCCGCCAAUGGCCGCGCGGCAUCGCCCGCCUCCCCUGUGGCCCCGGCCAAUGGCAGCGCGCUCCCGCCUCCCGGCCGCGGCGGGCGCAGCCAAUGGGCGGGCGGCGGGGCGGCUCGCGCCGCUUUUCGCGGCAAAAAGGAUUUGGCGCGCAAAGGCGCGCGGGGCCGGCGCGCCGAACAAUCCGGCGGCGGGCGCACCGGAGCCGGAGCCGGAGCUGGAGCGCAGCGGCCCCGAGCCCGCCAUGGGCCGCGCCCCUGUCCGCGCCC